AUGAAAUAUUCAAUAUUGCUAUCUUUACUUAUUCUAUGCAGUGUUUUAUUGCUAAACUGCCAAGUAACUAUUGGGCAGGAAUACGAAACACACGCUGUACCUGUCACUCAAGAUUAUUCUGAUGCUAUUGACGCUGCCACUCAAGAAAUGAUAACAGAUACAACCUUCAUGGAUGCCUUCUUCAAACUGAUGUAUUUCCAAGUGCCACAAUGUACCUAUACUCCAGUUUCUUGGCCAACCAAAAAUCCAUUCACUGACCGUACUGGACUAGUCAUGUGCAUCGAUCUAGGUGGUCUGGGUUAUCCAUUCCAAGAUGCCAGACUUUUAGUUGCCAACACACUUGUCAAGAAAAUUAACAAUCAUUACGGAAGUAAAUUACAGACCUAUGUCAAAUAUGUGAAUACCACAGCUCUUGGAUUCUUUGACACAAUGAAGAAUGCUGUCAAUUCUGGAAUUUGUGACGUGAUUAGUGUCAAUGUUGAACAAAAUGAUGCCAGAAGAAAAGCAGUUCAUUUUCAAUGUCCUUGGGGAACAACUAGUAAAGCAUUCCUUAGAACAGAACUUGAUCCACAACUUGAAUUAUCGACCUACAAGAGUCUCAAUCAGUCAAAUGUCAUUGUUGCCACAUACGCAGGAACUACUUAUGAAAUCGAUGUCAAAACUAAUUUACCAGCAGCUCAGUACAUUUCCUUUGGAACUCCAGAAACUCAAUGGAAAUUAAUCCUUGAUAAGAAAGUACAUGCUGUCGUUUAUAAUGCUGUCACUUUCCUUUCUUGGUUGGAUAGUAAUAGAGCUAAUUGCAAGAAUUGUUCAGUUGUGUUCAUUAAUCAACCAUAUGCAUUCUCAACAUUUACCACCAUGAAUAUUACUGCACGAAAUGAUGCAUCCACAACUGGAAUGUCAGUUGUCAAUAUUUAUUGGAUAUUUGCCAUAUUGUUUUAUUUUCUCUUUUAA